CUGGAUGCUCGCUCCCAUAACAAUGAUAAUCCAUCAAUCGACAAUCAACGAGACAAUCGCCCCAAGUGUGCCAGUGUGUUGAGUGAUCGGCCUUGUCAGGGCCGGAAGGCGGCCACUAUCCCCUAUCCCAUCCUUGCCCGACGGAGUUAACUAUCGAGGCCGCCAAGUCCAGGGACCCCCCCAACCCUAUCAUUAUUUGCUACCGUUGCUACCGUAGCGAACCCCCUUCCUCCACCGUCAUGAGCUAACCUCGACCUAUCCGCGCCCUCCUUUCCCCGUCGUCUCGAAACUCGUCUUCACUCCACCCGCCGACCGAUCCUCCUCUUACCCCCUCCCUCCUCCGCUCCUUUAAGCUCCACCUGCCGCUAAUACCUCCCUCCUCCUCCCUCGCCGUCUAGUGCACUGUCGACUGACUGCUCGAGCUUUCAGUCAAUCUCUCAUUCAUUUCUACAGCUUCACGGCAUCCUCGUCUGCAUUCUUUUACGAGUACGACAUUCAUUAGUCUACCUGGCUAGCUAGCUAGCUAGCUCGCUGCACGCUUGUGUUUGGCUGUAUCAAGAAUACCCCGGCCCCGAUUUUCUCUCCUUCGAAACGCCUUCGCCGCCAGCUCUGUUUAAGUCCCAGACAGCGAAACUUGUUGCUGCCUGAGGGUAGAUUGCGUUGGAUUCUUGUUCGGCGCCGCAGACGACACACCUCUCAACAUUUAACCUUUCAUUCGACGCGUGCCACAACAGCGCUUGAGCCUCGAGACACCGUCGCCGCACCCUGCCCAUGUCAUCCUUUUGAACCAACGCCACCCGGGACAGCCACCAUCAUGGAUGGCAACAAAUCAGUCGAGGCCGGCGAGCGCGCUCCCAGGACUCACAUCGAUAGCAAGCCCCUGCCUACGGACUCGAUGGUGACAGUCCCGCUCUCCGAGAGCGACGGCCUGCAUACGCCUGAUGACGACAAUGUUUCGCCCAAACUUCCUCAACCAGAGAUUCUUGUCGAUGAGAAACGCCUUUCCUCUCGGCCAAAUUCCGCUGAAAUUAUGGCUGCUUUUGGCCGCCGAGCCAGCAUGGACGGAAGCACCACACCGCCUGCAAACCGCCCAUCCAUCGCCCUGCAGCAUCCUGAUGGCACACAAACACCAACACCUGGCGAGCGACAUAGGAGUAACAGCAGUGACUCGAGCCAGAGUGCACACGUCGACUGGGCAGAGCUUGACAAGAAGGAAGAACUGGAGCCACAGGAGGAGGGACAGGACGAGGCUAUGGCGUUACUGCUGGCACGAUUGGAGCAGGAAAACAACGCCAUCAUGGCCGAUUCGAAAGCCAACAUGAAGGUCGCUCGUGCUCGGAGUCAGUCCCGACCUCCCUCUAUCAGUCAAAUCAAACGACUCGUCCAAACAGACAACACCGACGUCCGGUUCUCGCAACUGCCCUCCCCGCCUCCCAUGACCGAGCUCGAAUUCUGGGCAGCGCUCGUGAGAGACUAUCCUCAAACUAUACAACGUCUGCCGACCCUCACCCUCAACAAGAUACGCGGUGGAAUACCUGCGCCGUUGCGGGGAGUGGUAUGGCAGAGUGCCUCUGGUGCACGGGCUAAGUUGAUUGAAGAUCAAUACGAUCAACUGUGUGGCGAGUCGAGCCCAUAUGAAAACAUCAUUAAUAAGGACUUGGGCAGGAGUUUUCCUGGCGUUGAAAUGUUCAAGGACCCAGAAGGCGAAGGGCAGAAGAUGCUUGGGCGUGUGCUCAAGUGCUUUAGCCUGUACGAUAGCAAGAUCGGCUAUUGCCAGGGCCUUGGCUUCUUGGUCGGUCCACUGCUCAUGCAGAUGGGGGAUAAGGAGGCCUUUUGUGUGCUCGUUCGGCUUAUGGAAGAUUACGAUCUUCGGUCGUGCUUCUUGCCAGACCUUUCUGGCCUGCAUCUUCGCAUCUUCCAAUUCCAGCGCCUAUUGCAGCAACACAUGCCGAAACUAGCUGCUCAUUUGGAAUUCCUACAAGUCGAAUCGGCUUAUUUGUCCCAGUGGUUUCUAUCGUUUUUCGCGGUAACAUGCCCGCUACCUAUGCUUUUCCGUAUCUACGAUGUUCUUUUUGCCGAAGGCGCUUCCGAGACCAUUAUGCGAGUCGCUCUCGCUCUGAUGAAGAGGAACGAAGCCAAAAUCUUAGCGCUCUCUGAAUUCGAGGAUGUUAUGCAGUUGCUUCUUGGCCGUUCGCUUUGGGAUCCGUAUGGUCGAAACGCCAAGUCAGCUGAUGACUUGGUAAACGACUUCGUCAGCUUCACAAAUGACGUGACACGUGAGAAGCUACAGGGGUUGGAAGCAAGCUUUCGCGAAGAACAGGAAAGGGACAACUCGAAAUCCAAAGUCCAAAAGUCGGCUACUUCGUUCCUGGGACGCUUGUGGGGUCCGUCAAAUUCCUCGACAAAAUCUGUCUCACUCAGCCCUGAUGGUUCAGACAUGUCGACACAUACGCAAAGCACGGCGCUUACCGAAAUAUCGCGAGGCUCUACGGGCGAUGCCCUCUCUCUCAAAUCCGGCCAUGAAUCGACUGCCAUGUCCAUUCGAAUGGGGCACUCCUCCAAGGAUCGAGACCUGCAUUAUCAAAUCGAACAGCUUCUCAUGUCGGUUAGCCAACUGCAGCGCCAAAACAGUGAGAUUGAAGCGGCUCUGCAGAAACAACGAGAGGAUCGAAAGGAAGACCAUCGUAUUGUGCGCACCGUUGUGGACAAAUUUCGGAAGAAGCAGUCGUCGCUUGGGGCGACUUCCACCAGGGCAUCGCGACGGAGGACAACCAUCACUGCUGCUAUGCUCACGCCGCCCAAUGACGAAGAGCCCCCCACGACUACCACAGCUGCGCCGGAAGAAGUCGUGGAGGCUGCUGAGGUGUUAGACAAAAGGUUCCCAUCGCAUCAAACACACCACCGAGCCUCUUCCAUGUUCGAAACAAAGGAGGUUUUGCGCGAUAACCUCUCUCGUACCAAGGAACAACUUGCAUCCGAGACUAUUCGUGCGCAAACAAUAGCCAGGGAAAUGAGCGACACACAGGCCGACCUGGCGAUAUCGCGCGAGGCGCUGAAGGAUACCAGACAACGAUUGCAAGAUUCGUACAACCAAAACCAGAAGCUUGAGAAGACUAUCCAGGACCUCAGGCUGAACGCAAGGAAGGGCUCUGCGGCUUGGAUCGAUGGCACGCCAGAUUCAACGCCGUCGCUAUCGCGCUCCAACACUACCGACAGUGUUGUAUCUACGGGUGGCUUGCGUGAAUUGCGUCUCGGCCGCACCGCCUCGAUGAAAUCACAAAAGGGCACCCAGCAAUUCACAAAGCGAUCGUCGUCGCUUGCAACGCAGCAGUUCCUUGGCGCAGACGCGCCCGCCUCAUCCGCCGAUAACGAAGCCCUUCUCCUCGAACUCGUCAAUGCGAAGACCGCCGAAGCCGUCGCUAGGCAGGAACUAGAAGAAUACAAAAACAAGUUUGAAAGCAUGAAAAAGAUGAUGGCGAACGGCGGUGCAACACCAGCUGCAACGCCGACUGCGGAAUCCAAAACUGCUGCUGCGGGAAGCGGUUGGUCCUGGGGUAUAGGCACGUCUUCACCGUCGUCGAACUCAACCCCAACUGCUUCUUCUACAGCUACUGCGGCUCCUCCCCCGGCAGCAACAACAGUCUCGCCUACGCCUUCUGCUACAGUUGGAGGAGGCGGUGGAUGGGGCUGGGCAGGUUGGAAGCGAACCCCUUCCACUACCAAUGCCACGAUCAAACAAUAA